AUACAGUAACAUAUGAAAAGGAAAAAUGGAAUACAACCCCCGCACCGGAAAGCAGCAACCCCACUUUUCGACCAUCCUCGCAUCGCGGGGAAAAGACAACCAACCUUCAGGUAAGGCGAGAUUGAUCAAUAAUUGAAGGUUGGCUAACUGUAGCUUGAUAGAUGAUGAAUCAAUAGUUACUAGUAUUGUGACGCGAAACUUGUCGCAUUCUUCUUCUGAUAAUGUCCAUGUUUUCAUUCUCAYUUCUAAAACGUACGAAUUGAAUUCUCCUUUUGCUGCUUUCCUACGACACAACAUGAUGCAUCGAAAAGAUUUGGAAUUCGCUCUACUCCGCCAUUGCAAGCGUCUUAUAGUAAAGGGAAAGCCUCUUUCGGGAGCCCAUCUAUUGUUUGCGGCAGAACGAAUUGCGGUGCGAGCCUAUUAUCCAUGUGAUUUACAUGAAUUUCAAUCGCUAGAAGGAGAACACCAGUUGCUGCCUCAGAGAACAGUAGAGGCAACGAACAUCCGCAGUCAAAAAAAAAACGAAGCGCCACAAGAAAGUUCUAGCGAUAAUGACAACUUUGACGGCUUGUCGGCCUUCUUAUCGUCCUUUCAGCUCGCAUUCGUUCURUUCAUCCUUCCCUCAAGAAACAACCAUGAAACGAAGCACAGCAMAAAGGAAUGUAAGAACACCAUCACGAUCUCGCAACAACUCAACGAUAUCAAUUCGCAUUUCCAUCGUGCACAGCGUUUGGCAGUGUGUCUAGAACAACAGCAGCAGCRAAGCGAGAGUACGAACAAAUAUAAGACCCUGCGCGUGAUAAUGCUUCCAGAUACAGARUCAGCCGUAAAAAKCUUGAUUUCUAUCGCUAAUUCCAUAACACCAGAAAAGAAAGAGCAAAAGCGGAUGUUUUUUGAACGCUUGGCGGCAAACAAUUACCUGCCGAUUUCUUCCAUCGUCGAGCGCAAUGGCGACAAUGACAAUGCUGGUUGUAGUGACAAUGCCGACRUUGCCAUYGAGGUAGCGGCCGCUCGCCAUGCAGCAAGMGGAUUGAGAACCCUAGCCGAGGUCUUUGRCUGGCCCAUAGGGGAGGCGGACCAGCUYAUGUCGGAAAUGGGCACUCUUCGUGCCAUUGCCACUGCUUGCGAUAGAGAUCUCGAGGGGAUGAUUCCAAUCGAUCGCAGGACCYGCAAGGUUCUUAACAGUUUUUUCGGUACAUCGUCACCAUCGACUUUCCCGUUCCAAGCAAUAGCCUCAAACGGAGUGAGCAAAGAAGGAAUCAGACGAGAAGACCUCCAGCAGCAGCCUGCGAAGAUUGUGUUUACACCCGCUCAUAGAAGCAGUGUUGCUACAGAGCUCUUUCCUCGGUGUUCUACUGCAGCGACAGCUUUCGAGAUGUCCCCUCAGUCGUCAUCUUUGCACUCCCCGACAUGGUCCGGAUCGAAGGCAGAUCGAAAAUCCAAGGACCAAAUCUUUCAAAACAGAAUCGAAGAUCAAUUUUGGCAAGAAAACACCGGAGGCGGUUCUCUURUUUUUGAACCGAAUUGCACUAACGGACGGCAAGAAAUCAAAAUGCCAAGACAAAUAAAAGUGGUACAACCUUCGAUUCAGGCCRGAUACGACACAAUUCCAAAAUUAGACGGAGUUAGCUCAUCCUUAUUACGAUCGCCCUGGGAGGGUCUACCUGAAAGCGACCUUGCCGGAAAUAGAGGACCUCGCUCGUACUUACAUCUUCCAUUUAUUAGAUCACAAAGGCUCCCAGGCAACCAAAGCCACCAAACCCAAUUGGAUUGUAAUCACGAUCCAUACUACGUACCCAAAUAUAUGGGUGAUGACUCGCUGAGUAGUGAAGGACUCUUCGUUUCUCAUCAGCAAUAUCUGCCAACAGCAACAACUCGACACGAUUCGUAUCGAAAUGAUCAUUUACAACUACCUCCCCAACAUUUUCGACCCCUGCAUCAACGCCGGCGACAACAGCAAACGCCCAUUCCAUGGCAGCAAAAUCGAAACAACCAAUCCCGUUUUUCCCUCCAUUCCUUGAAUAACUAUAAAGGUACUGCAAAUGA